GUGAAUAUUAAAAUGGGUUCCUUAAACAUUUAUUUAUUUAUUAUUUAUAUAAGUUGUUCAAAUGGAAUUAAAACAUACGGCGACAGACCACGAAUCCGAGUUAAUAAUGGCCAUCUUCAAAUAGUAGCAGCUCCUGGGAAAAAUAUUGAUUUUGUAGCUAAUAGUCAAUCAAUUGUUUUCAUAAAUAAUGUGAAUGUUCUAUCAAUACUGAAAAAGGCCCAAACUGCCACUCAACUUACAGAUAGUUAUCAACAAACUUUAACUUCCUUCAGUGAUCGCAUUGAAGCUUUGGAAAGUAAACCGUUCGAACCACUACCUAAUGGAACUCACGCAAACAUAACUGACCAAGUAGUUUCAAGACUCACUUUUAGAAAAUUAUCUCGUAGAGUAGAUUUAUUACAGCGAAGAAUAAUGUCGAUACAAACAUUAUUAACUAUAGAUGACUGCAUUAGCAAUCCUUGCAAGAAUGGAGGAACUUGCCAGGAUCUAUUUUCAGGGUAUUUGUGUCAUUGCCCUCCACAGUGGGAGGGCGAGGAUUGUUCAUUAGAUGUUAACGAAUGUACUAGAUUUGGAGGAACUGAUUUGGGUUGUCAAAACGGUGGUAUUUGCGUGAAUUUAGUUGGAUCUUACAGAUGUGAUUGUAUUAAUGGAUACGUUGGUAUACAUUGUAUGAGGAAAAGUAUCGAUUGCGCUACUGCUGGUCCAGAGUUAUGUGGUCAUGGAACCUGCGUGUCUCACAAUAACAAAGAUGGGUACAAAUGCUUAUGCGAUCCGGGCUGGACAACAGAUGGAAAAAAUGCCCCUUGCACGGUGGAUGUGAACGAAUGUCUUUCAACACAUACAUCCUGUGCACCUAACGUGGAAUGUAUAAAUGUUCCUGGUUCUUUUUAUUGUGGCCACUGCCCCCCAGGUUUCACUGGCAACGGAUAUCACUGUACUGAUAUAGAUGAAUGCUUGAUAAAUAACGGAGGUUGUAGCUCAAAUCCAGCAGUUCUAUGUAUAAAUACUCAUGGAUCGAGGGUAUGCGGUCCUUGUCCGCCAGGAUAUGUAGGAAAUGGUAUAAUGUGUACUUACCAAGGAGUAUGUAAUAUAAAUAAUGGUGGUUGUCAUCCUCUAGCUACCUGUAGGGACAGUUCAAGCUUAGGUGCUACUCAAUGUAUUUGCCCAUUGGGAUAUAUCGGUACUGGUGUAGGUCCAAAUGGUUGUGUUCGUUCUAAUGCCCCAUUAAAUCCUUGCAAUCCUAAUCCCUGUAUCAACGGACGUUGUUCAGUAAACACCAUAGAUGGAAAUUACAAAUGCGAUUGUUUCAAAUUCUAUUCUGGAAGGAACUGUGAAACUUUACGAACAGAUGCAUGUACUCCGAAUCCUUGCCGAAAUGAUGGAGAAUGUCAAAAUGUAAACAAUCGUCUAGUGUGUCGUUGCAAGACAGGAUUUGUUGGCACCUAUUGUCAAUCACAACUCCAAGCUUGUGGCGGCUACUUAAGAACUGAUAACGGCACACUUAAAUAUCCUAGUGGAGAUAUACAAACUUACAACCAUCGUUCUAAUUGUGCAUGGACCAUAAUACUAAAUUCCACGGCGAAAGUAAUUAAAGUGAACAUAACUAAAUUUGAUAUUGAGGAUUCUCCCAACUGCAGAAACGAUUGGUUAGAAAUUCAUGAUGGUAUGAGUACUGCCGCGCAAUCUCGAGGAAGGUUCUGUGGAAACAAAAUCCCAUUAAAUGGUUCAUUUACUUCAACGCAUGACUCGCUCUAUUUAUGGUUUAGAUCAGAUAGGAUGAUUUCGAAAGGCGGAUUUGAACUAAGUUGGGUGGCAGUUAAACCAGUGUGUGAUCAGACCUUAAUAUCAACUAGUCAUGGAUCAAUUCAGUCUCCAGGUUCUCCAGGACAUUAUCCAUUGAAUAGGGAUUGUCAUUGGCGAAUUAUCGCGCCAUACGAUAAACGCAUCAUGUUCCACUUCUUCUCUCUUGAUAUUGGAGACAAUAAAGAUUGUAAUGCUGACUACUUAAAAUUUUACUCCGUACUAUUUCCAAGAGAUAACGACAAUAUCUUCGCAGAAUUUUGUAAUAGCUCUUUUCCUGCACCCUUUUACUCACCAGGAAGUAGAGUUUCGGUUGUUUUUCACUCGGACAACAAAGAUACGUAUAAUGGCUUCCAAUUGACUUACUCAGUUGUAGAAGGAGUACCAGGCUGCGGAGGAGUGUUCACAGCUAAAGAAGGGAUUAUUUCUUCAUCACAUCAUGGUGAUUUUACAAUCUGUCAAUACAAAAUCCAACAAACUGCGGGCCAUAAGAUUAAAAUAACGUUUAAUAGUUUUGAUCUGAAUGCAAAUGGUGGAUGUAGCUUUAAUUAUGUGGAGAUUUACGAGGGACCUGAUGAUAAUUCGCCAUCAAUUGGACGAUUCUGUGGAAAUUCCCUUCCACCUCCAUUCACUUCCCAAACCCAUCAGUUAACUAUUGUUUCAUCAUCUAGUGGACAGACAAAUAAGGGAUGGAAACUUGAAUAUAAAAGUGUUUGUGGUAAAAUUUACACUGCUCCCAGUGGAUCCUUCUCUACUGAUACAUCGUCCAGAGACUCAGCAGGUUGCAUUUAUCAAAUAGAGAGACCUCCUGGAAACUUAAUCUUAUUAUUCAUAAAGUUAAAUAUGCCGCAGCGGUUCAUUCGGUAUAAAAGAGAAGAAGGAGCUUCCUGCUUCUUGAAAUAUGUAGAGGUGCGAGAUGGGGAUCAUGAGAAUAGUACUUUGAUUGGUAAAUACUGUGGAACAAAUACAGUCAACCUUACAUCAACUCACAACUUCUUGUGGAUAAAAGUAAAACUUAGGUUUUUACAAUCUGAUCAAGUAUCAUUUCAAUAUACAUCAAUGGAUGUUGGCUGCGGAGGCAUUUUGAGAAAAAAGUUUGGUAAUAUUGCAUCACCAUCACAUCCAGAUGGAUACUAUCCUCCAGGAUUACAUUGUAAAUGGACCAUAAUAGCACCACCUACUAAUGUUAUUCAGUUAACAUGGAUGACAUUUAAUGUAGAACCAAGUUACGAAUGUGCUUAUGAUAAUGUUCAAAUUUAUGAUAAUAACACAGAUUUAGGUCAAGGAGUUCUAAUGGGAAAAUUCUGCGGAUUUACAUUACCUCCAAUGUUACUAACUUCCUCCAAUAUGAUGUCUAUAUACUUCUCAACCGAUGUUACUGUUAGUAUGGAUGGAUUCUUGGCAUCGUAUAUCUUCAUACAGGAAAAGAAUGUAUGUGGUGGGAAUUACUUCACAACAUCAGGAGUAAUUAAAUCUCCAAGGUAUCCUGAGUAUUACCCAACGAAUAGAGAAUGCACAUGGACCAUUAAUGUACCACCAGGACAACAGAUAAUGUUAAACGUAACCGACUUUAAUAUUGAAAACUAUUCAGGUUGUCGAUACGAUUGGCUUGAGAUAAGAAAUGGUGGUACCUCAGCAUCACCUUUAAUAGGCAAAUUUUGUGGAAGUACCAUACCAAAACAAAUAGCUUCUCAUGCCAAUAAACUUUAUUUAUUCUUCAAAUCGGAUUUGAGUAGAACAGGACAUGGCUUUAGAAUAACUUGGAGUUCAACUGCAACAGGCUGUGGAGGCACAUUAACAUCGCCCAUGGGUUCAUUGAUAUCACCACAUUAUCCAGAACCAUACAGCAGAAGUACCGAAUGCAUUUGGAAAAUAAUAACCAGUCAAGGUUCAAGAGUUCAAGUUGUAUUUUCUGAUAUCAAUUUAGAAAGACAUGUUCAAUGUUUAGCAGACUAUGUUGAAUUGUUUGAUGGUCUGACGUUGAACUCUCCAUCUCUUGCACGACUUUGCUACGAAGCUCCCGAUCCCAUAAAAUCUACAGGGAAUGUAAUGUUGGUAAAAUUUAGAUCAGACGUCGCUUUUCAAGGCAGGGGAUUUCAAUUACAAUAUACAACAGUGUGCCGGAAUACUAUCAAAGGAUUCAGAGGUAUCAUUGAAAGUCCCACCUUUCCUAACGAUAAUCCUCAGGAUCAAAAUUGUUUGUGGGAAAUUAUAGUUUCUGAUAAGAACAAAAUCAAUAUAACUUUCUCUCAUUUUGAAUUAGAACGGUCUCCAUCAAGCUCGUUUUCCAAUCGAAGUUGUUUAUAUGACUACGUAGAGUUGAGUUAUGCUGAUCCACAAGAAGAUUUUGAAGAAAAACGUUCUUAUACAACGUAUAAUCGAUAUUGUGGUUCUCAGAAUCCAGGACAUAUUACACUUGAUUCAGACCAUGUUCUAAUUAAAUUUGUUAGUGACAAGUUGCUGUUGGGAUCUGGAUUCAGAUUGGAAUGGGAAAUAUUUGGUUGUGGCGGAGUACUAACCAAAGAUUCUGGAAUUAUAACAUCUCCUAAUUAUCCAAAACCGUAUCCAGUUUCUGUCGUCUGCGAAUGGAGAAUCGAAGUGCGUUUUGGACAAAGUAUAGAAAUAGAAUUUACCGAUGUUGAUGUUGAAAAGGACACUUCCUGUGAUUUUGAUUCUAUAUCAGUUUACAAUGGUAUAGAUGACACUUCAAACUUAUUAGGCACCCUUUGUCGACAGAAGCAAAAAUCAGUAAUAUCUAGCACAGGAAAUUACAUGUUCAUUAAAUUCAAAUCCGAUUACAGUUAUGUUGGAAAAGGAUUUUCGGCUACGUACAAAAGUGUACCAACCAAAUGUGGUGGAAGAUUUACUGCUUCUGAUGGUUACAUUUAUUCUCCGAAUUAUCCGAAGAAUUAUAAUAGAAAUGAAUCAUGCGAAUACUUCAUAGAUAUAGAAGAUGGACAUACUAUCGAAAUACAAUUUGAUGAUGUUGAUUUGUAUAAAUCAGAUAAUUGCACAAGGAAUUAUAUCAAAGUUCAUGAUGGUCCUUCAGCUGCAUAUCCAGUACUGAUAACUGCUUGCGGGAAUGAGACUCCGAAUAAAACAAUAAAAUCAAGUUACAAUAACAUGUUUAUUGAAUUUAGAGCUCAUACAUUCUUGACAACUAAAGGAUUUAAAAUCCAGUACCACAAAUCAUGUGGAUCUAGAAUAACAACAGGAGGUAAUGGUAUAAUCCAGGUGCAUAUUGACGAAUUUUCUGAACAUCUAACAACUUGUUCCUGGACUAUAGUUGCAUCAGAUCCUUCUAAACAUGUUUCUCUGACGAUUUCACAACUACAAGGACAAUAUUAUUGUGACGAUGAGGACGCACCGUUGAAUGUAUAUAACGGCGAAUCUGUAGAAUCCCCAUUAAUCGGAAAAUACUGUGGACCAAAAGUUCCACCUACUAUUGUAAGUGAUGGAUCAGCAUUAACAGUGUUUGUUAAGUCUCAAAUUACGUUUUUCGCAACAUACAGUACAUUUGACUCUGAAUGUGGUGGUUCUUUGACAUCAGCUGAAGGAUAUUUUGCCAGUCCAGGAUAUCCCAAACGAUAUCCGUCGGAUAUGGAAUGUGAAUGGGAGAUUAAAAUAGCAAAAGGAAAUCAUGUUAGUCUCAACUUCAUAGAAUUCAAUCUGUUACAAUCUGAUAAUUGUAACACAGAUUAUCUUGAAAUUAGAAGCUUCAAUGUUACUGGGCCGCUUCUCGGAGUAUUUUGUGGAACCAAUAAACCAUCAAAUAUCACACAUAUUGGAAGUUUAUGGCUGUUAUUCAAAAGCAGUAAGAUUGCUAAAGGGGAUACUACAAUUACCGCUAAAGGAUUUUAUGCAGAGUAUACGUUAAAUGAAGAAAAUGAGCUAACUGGCACCAAGGGAGAAAUAGAGUCACCGUUAUAUCCUCUAUCUAUUCUAGAAUUUAAAACAUUUACGUGGAAGAUAACAGUAACUCCAAAGAAAAGAGUAUUAUUAUCAUUCAAGGAAUUCUACUUAGAUGCUAGGGAUAGUAUUGAUGAUGAUUGCUAUUUUGCCACAUUUGAAGUAUUCGAUGGUGUAGACGACACUGCAAAUUCUCUAGGAAAAUACUGUGGAUUAACGACGCCAGAUCCAAUAAAAUCAACUUCCAAUAUCAUGUUCAUUAAGGUCGACUAUAGUAGCCCAAGACUUGGUUCCAAAUUCAAAGUGGAAUGGCAAGAAGUGGGAGGUUCGAUGCCAACUAUACCAAGAAUUUCAUACAAAACGGAAUGUAAUAAUACAGAUGAGGUUAUAGUUUUGACGGGAGUUACUAAUUACGUGUUCACCUCUCCUGGUUAUCCACAUGGCUAUGAACAUAAUCUGAAAUGCAGUUGGACUUUUUCUACAAUAUCGAUGAACCAUUUAAUCAUUCAAUUUAUAGAUAUAGAUUUGGCUCAUAAUAGAAAUCGAUAUAUUUAUCUCCGACAAUGUGAUAUGCUCAGUGAUAACAUUAACAUUUAUGAAAAACAUAUUUAUGAUAACGAUUGGCAAAAAAUACGAAGAGUAUGUGCUUUAGAUGAUGCUAAACAGAUCAUUCAUACCACCAAUUUUAUGAAACUGGAAUUUGUCACCUCCCGGUAUAUGAAUGGAACAGGAUUCAAAGCCAAAAUCCAUGAAGGUUGUGGAGGAUUAUUAUCAGAUCCAACUGGAUAUAUUAUAUUUGGUAAUGAUUCGUUGAGAGGUAGUGAGUGCCAAUGGAACAUAACAGUCAGAUCGACGAAAACAAUUGAACUUGUUUUUGAAGUAUUCGAUAUCGAGCAUGAUUCAAACAAAGGUUGUGAUAACUAUCUUAUGAUCAGGAAUGGUAAAUUCUCUGAUUCACCUUUAUUGGGUACCGGAAAGUACUGUGGUAAUACUUUACCAAACAAGUUAAAAUCUACCGGAAAUAACCUUUAUCUCAAAUACACAGGCUCAUCUAAUAUAGGUGGUUUUAGAAUCAAAUACCAAGAAGUAUCCGCGGAUUGUGGUGGAAACAUUAUUUUGAGUACUUACGAUAAUUUUACUGAAAUUACGUCACCGAAUUACCCUAAUAUUCCCAAUCCUCAUACAGAAUGCGAAUGGAAAAUAGCAGCACCUGUUGGGGAAGUUUUACGAGUGGAUUUCGAAGAAAGAUUUGAUUUAACAUAUAAACCUGGAUGCGAUAUUGAGUAUAUUGAGUUGAGAGAUGGGGGAACUCCCUACUCAACAUUAAUUGGAAGAUAUUGUCGAUCCGCUCCCAACUCACAAUUUUCGACAGAUAACUUGAUUUACUUGAAGUUCUUCACUGACACUGAUGAACCUAAAAAUGGAUUCAAAGCAAAAAUCUCAAUAUCUCGUUGCGGUGGUACCGUGAGAGGAAGAUCAGGAGAAAUAACGCAUUCGAGUGCGGCAAUUACUAAGCGAGAGAAUUGUACAUGGUACAUCGUUGGACUAAAUGAUCAUUAUUUGAAUUUAACAUUUGUUCAUUUCGAUUUAACUUGUUCGAAAAAUUUUAUAACUCUUAAUGAGAUUCCUCGUAUUCCGGGACAACGUAAUAACGGUAGCUCCUUGGGUAAAUACUGUGGAAAAAAUCCCCCUCCAUCAAUAAAGUCAAUAUCAAAUGAAGUAAUACUAACAUUGUCAUCAGAUAAUACUGGAACAUUCUCAUUAAAAUUCAAAUCAAGUCAAGUCGCCUGUGGUGGAAAACUCACUACAGAAUCUGGUGUUAUACAAUCACCAGGAUAUCCCAUAAUGAAUCACUACAACAGAAACUGUCAAUGGCAGAUAACAGUUCCAUUAGGACGUAGAAUCACUCUAAAUUUUAUUGAUGUUGAUUUGAAUGGAGCUGUUAAAUAUGAGCAUGGGCUUGCCGUAUUUGACGGAACUUAUAAACUCCGACUUGAUCACGACAUUAAGACCACUGGUUCUAAUGUAACUACUUUCGAAUCUAGCUCAAAUAAGAUGCUGAUAUUUUUCUGGUCUGUUUCGAAAAGUGAACAUCGAGGAUUUAAAGCGGAAUACAAUUCACGUCUUCCCACUUUGUGUCAAGGUGAGUUUGGUUCUGAAAAUGGUGUCAUUAAGAAUCCAACUUUAAGAAACUGGGCAUACAAUUGUGAGUGGACACAUUCACGUUCAGAUAUAGAUCAAGCUAGAACGUUUGCUAUAAGUUUGACAAUGAGUACUAAUACUACAAAACCUGUCGAGUCAUCAUGUCUACAUACAUCAGGAUUUCUUUUAGUAACAGGAAAAGAAAAGAAAAAUGUCUUGUCAAAAAUUUGUAUACCAACGGUUACUCCAAUUACAAUAAGAUCACCAUUUUUAAUUACAAAAUUACAGGCUUUUGUUUUGAUGAGUGCUACUAUGAAUUUCACAGCGCAAUACAACACUCACGAUUGCGGUGGAAUGGUGGAAGGUCAAUCUGGUGUUAUUUCCAGUCCUCUAUAUCCCAAUAAGCCUUCCAAAUCAUAUGAGUGUGCUUGGUUAGUUUCUGUUGCAACAGGACAAACUAUAAACGUUACUUCAAUUACUCUUGAUCUUGGCGAUGAUUGUGAAAAAAGUUAUGUCGUUGUGUAUAAUGGGGGCCUUCCAACACAUCCCAGAAUUGGAAAAUACUGUAAAAAUAUGAAACCCGAAUUGUUAAUUUCACAAACUAAUCAGUUGUGGAUAGAAUAUAAGUUUGAUCAAACUUCAAUUGGAACUGGAUUUACCUUGAAGUAUGAAGCUAUGAGUUCAGGAUGUGGGGGAGUAUUCCACGAUAAAGAACGUUUCAUUCAUUCUCCGAAUUAUGGAUCUGGUGAUUACCCAAACAAUGCCGAAUGUUUAUGGAUAAUUGAGUCUGAACCAGGAUACCAUCUUCAACUUAACUUCAUUGGUAGAUUCAAUUUAGAACAGAGUACUAAUUGCAGUAAUGAUUUUAUUCAGGUUUGGAGCUGGGAUGACGAAGUAUGGGCUAGUUUGGGUAAAUAUUGUGGUCGAAAUAUCCCAACUGCUUUAACCUCUACAGGUGAAAGGAUGAAAAUUUUAUUCAGGAGCAACGAUGCGAUUAGUGGUAGCGGAUUUAAAGCUGAGUGGAAAUGGAAAUGCGGUGGAACUUUCACAGCAGAUAGUAAAAUCCGUUACAUAGUCAGUCCUGGAUAUCCUGUAAGCUACCGAAAUGAUUUAAAAUGUGAAUACACCAUAAAAGGAAAGGAUAUUGUAAACAUUCGUUUUCGCGAUUUUCUUUUGGAAGCUGGAGAUCCUCAAUGCAAGUAUGACAAUUUAACAGUGUCUUCUAGUACUAGUCCUGGACAGUACGUCUAUUUCAAAAAUGUUUACUGUGGUGAAAAUACUCCAGAGGUAUUAAGAGUGAGAGGAAUUGUGAAUUUGGUGUUCCAAACGGAUGCUUGGUUGACCAGAAAAGGAUUCAAGCUCGAAUACAGAGACGAUACUUGUGGUGGAACAAUUACCAAAGAAACUGUAAUAGAACGUCAAUCACUAAAAAGUUAUACUUCAACAAUGCGUUACUAUCAACCUAGAAUGUCUUGUGUUUGGAAUAUAACAGCUCCUACUAAUCAAACAAUCAUUCUUAGGAUAAAGAAACUUCAGAUGUAUAUGGGUCCCAUGUGCUUUGGACAGAGCCUAGAAAUUUUUGACAAUUUCGAUUUACGUAGAGAACACCGCUUGAGUCAAUUAUGUGGUCACAUAGAAAAAGAAAUUCCAAUACCAUCACAAACUGGUAACAUGGCAGUGAAAUUAGAAAUUGUGCCAAGUUCCUUUGGUGAAUUUGUAGCUGAAGUUAAAUUCUCGCAUGGUCCUGCUGAACAAUGCGGUGGUUUCAUAAAUUUGACAGAUACUAAAGUUAUCCAAUCACCAAAUUUAGCUAAUUUGGAUUGCGCAUGGACUAUUGUAGCUCCAAGGGAUCACCAAAUUAGUAUUCAAGUUAAUAAUUUGGAUAUAUCAUCAUCUUGCGCUGCUGUAUCUUCCAAUAUGACAUGUUUUUGUACGCAACUGAAUAUACAUGAUAAUGCAAGUCCAUUGUCUGAACUAAUUGAGAGAUUCUGUAAUCGAAUAAAUGGUGCAAAUCCAGUACCUAAAAUUCUCACGUCAGCAAAUAAUGGGUACAUUCGAUUAAUACUUGGAGGACAGAAAGAAAAUGCGUUUAAAGCAACUUUAACUCCUGUCCCAUCUGUAUGCGGUACAUCUAUAUUGACAGCUACCAUGGAGAAAAAGAUAUUAACGUCUCCAAACUAUGAAAGCGGUUCUUAUCCAUCCUAUUUGAAAUGUAGCUACUCAAUUUCUCCGAAUACAACUUAUGAAAAAAUACUCAUUCAUUUUAUAGAGUUUAAUCUAACUAACGAAGUAAUUAAUACUGGCAAAAGUAGACAAUGUACAGGUGAUUUUAUUCAAAUUUUCGAAGACCCAAAUUCGGCUGCUGCUGCAGGGUUAGGAUCAAAUGCAGUUUAUACUGGAAAUAUGAAGCAAACAUCAUUGAUUUAUACUGAUACAAGAGGACGACAUCUUUUCUGUGGCGUGGAUGAAAUACCCUUCGACUAUUAUACUUCUGGAAAAUCAGUUACUAUCUCACUCGUAAGUAAAGGAGCACUACCGAAAGGAAGAGGAUUUAAACUAGAAUAUUCUAUACCAGGAUGUAAUAGGAACUAUACAGAACUUCAAGGAAGAAUAAUCAGUGGUAAUUAUCUAACGGACUGCUCAUUUUUCAUAACAGUUCCUGAGAACCGAACAAUAAGUUUGUACUUUUCAUCCUUCUAUAUAUACGCCUCAAAUAAUUGUUCUGAAACUGGAUUAGAGAUUAGAGAUGGAGGUCCUUCAGAAAAGAUACUCUUGACUGCUUGCGGUUAUAGGAUACCCGAUCCCGUAUUUUCAUCUAAAAAUCAGUUGUAUUUUAAAGUAUCUAAUAGACGUUCUGUGCACUACGUGCGAUUAUUUUUGAAAUAUGAUAUUUUGUAUGUUAGUACUGAAGAUGGUCCUGGUUGUGGAGGAACGAUUUACAAUAACAAAGGAAAAGUUUACAGUCCUUUGUAUCCAAACACAUUUAGAAACGAUACGGUAUGCACAUGGGUAUUAAAGCCACCUAUUAAUUUACACAUUGCCAUGAAAUUCACAACUUUUGAUAUACAAGGAACUUGCGAGCAAGCAAAUGUCAAAAUAGAAACAGACGCAACUUCAGUAGAACUUUGUAAAAAUUAUGUACCUGGAUCAAUUUUCCGAUCAACAACUCUUAUCAAAAUUAUUUAUACAUCGUCUAUCCACAAUGGUGGUACAGGAUGGAUAGCAAAUUUCCAGGCAGUAAGUUCAGAUGUUACAGAUAUAGUUUGAGAUGGGAGUUUUUCAGUAAUAUUCUUUUGUUAUUUUUCGUCAUGGAUUUAUUUGAUAAAUAAAUACUAAAUAGACA